UCUGUCUGUAUGUGUUUGUGUGUGGCCGCAUGAUCGCUCGCUGCAGGUUGGAGUGACUGAGUGUGUGUGUAUGUGCAUGUGCGAGGAGGACUGAGGUGGUUUGGAGCAGUGCCAGCUAUAAGUGGAGGUACCGGGAGCCACACGUCCAGAGGAACACGCAAAUUUGACAACAGUGGACACUGAUAUUUCACCUGUUGGACUGUGGCGAGGGUGGGGAUCCUGGAGGGAGACGCGGACACCAAGUCUUGGACGUCCUCAGCCGACGAGGGCUUAACCGGCACGGACAGAGAGGAUGGAGGAGAUGGAUCUUCAGUAUUGAGCGGAGGGCACCAGGAGGGGAGUCUGGGACCCCCCAUCAUUGUGUGCACGCGGCCAUACCCAGAGUGCCAGCUGUACUCGGAUGAGGAGGGAAUGGGCGGACGGGACAUGCAGGAGUCAGACAUGGACAGUGCUGCGGACAGCGGAGCGGGAUCUGAAUCUUCUGAAGGAGGACGGCAGGAUGACAAAGAGGAAGGACUGGGUGGACUCUUUCUACGUGGAAACAACUGUGGUCAGAUGGUGUCGUCAGCCGCAGCCUCAGUAAUCUCAGUGGAGGAGCAGUUUGAGGACUAUGGUGAAGGAGAAGAUGUGGACUUCACUCCUAGCAGCCCCAUCCCGGAUGAUGAUACCCGCACCAAUGGUUUCUCUGACCUGGGCUCAUCUCUGCCUUCCAGUGCUGGUCAAACCCCUCAGAAGAUCCGACACCUGUACAACAGUGAGCUUCUGGAUGUUUACUGCUCUCAGUGCUGCAAGAAAGUCAACCUGCUCAAUGACCUGGAGGCCAGACUCAAGAACCUCAAAGCUAACAGCCCAAACAGGAAAAUUUCCAGUACAGCAUUUGGCCGUCAGCUCUUCCACCACAGUAACUUCAGCAGCAGUCAGGGCAGCACUGAAGACCUGUUCAGAGACAGCAUCGACUCCUGCGACGUUGACAUCACCGAGAAGGUGAGCUAUUUAGAAAAGAAGAUUUCAGAGCUUGAAAACGACAGUCUGGCUAAUGGAGAUCUGAAAUCAAAACUUAAACAGGAAAACACACAACUAGUUCACAGGGUACAUGAGCUGGAGGAGCAGAUCAAAGAUCAGGAGACGCGUGCAGAGCAAUGUUUGGAGGAGGAGCUGAAGAGACACAGAGAGGCCUACAGCAAGAUGGAGAGAGACAAGAGCACUGAGAUUGAACUGCUCAGUAACAGGGUCCAGCAGCUGGAGGAGGAGAAUGCAGAGAUGAAAGUGAAUGUGUGCAGACUCAAGUCUCAGACCGAAAAACUGGACCAGGAAAAGCAGCGUAUGACGGAUAAACUGGAGGACACAAGCCUGCGCUUGAAGGAUGAGAUGGAUCUGUACAGAAAGAUGAUGGACAAACUUUGGCAGAACAGACACGAGUUUCAGAAGGAGCGAGAGGCCAUGCAAGAGCUGAUUGAGGACCUGCGGCGUGAGCUGGAGCAUCUGCAGCUCUUUAAACUGGAGACGGAGAAGCCUGGACGUGGACGUACCGCUGCUGGACUGUCUGAAUACAAUGCCAAGACUCGAGAGAUCGAACUGGAGCAUGAAGUAAAAAGGCUUAAGCAGGAAAACCAUAAACUCAGAGACCAGAACGAUGAUCUGAAUGGACAGAUUCUCAGCCUCAGCCUUUAUGAGGCCAAAAACCUGUUCGCUUGUCACACCAAGGCCCAGUCGCUGGCAGCAGAGAUUGAUAACGCUUCAAGAGAUGAGCUGGUUGACGCUUUGAAAGAACAAGAGGAGAUCAACUUCCGAUUGCGGCAGUACAUGGACAAAAUCAUCCUUGCCAUCCUCGACCACAACCCCUCCAUUUUAGAGAUCAAGCAUUAGACUGCAAAGCUGAGAGGACUCACCAUUUGCAGAGAGCUCCCUCUUCAGGCCGGGAUUGAGAAAUGUCUCUUCUUUGCCCCCUUACACCAGUCCAUCAUGUAUUUACCGGGCAAGUUACAGUACUGUCAAAUUAUGGUGUCUAUGUCUCUCUC